AGAGAUAUCAUCUGAUUCCUGCUAGGUGGGAAUGGAGGUCAAGGCUUCCCAGGUAGCCUUCAUUGACAUCAGAGAGUGCGGAGGUCCUCAUUACUAGUAGGCAAGGUGAAAUUUCCAGUUUUCUUGUAUGUAUGCACUGAUACAUAAGGAGAUCAGGUGCUUCAUUACUUCCAUAUAGGGCUAGAGUCUCCGAUCCUUGCUAGGUCUUUGCUGAUGGUAUGGGAUUGCAAUGUUUUCAUUGGUGUUUAGCUCAAUUAGAGUCAUUUUGUGUCCGUUCUCUGCCCUGCUAGGCUAAUCUUUUCAUGACCUUCUGGCUAGAAAGAGGAAACCUUUGUUGGGACCAUUUUUUCUGUGCUCACUGACACUGGAAAGCUUGUUUCUAUAGGUUGUGGUUUGGAAUAUAUGAAGUCUAUGACCCCCUCCCCACCCAAAAAAAACCUCAUCAUUGCAUCAUUCCUCAGACUCCAAGGUCCCUAGCCAGUCUCAAUUUGUUCUACUCCAAGCCCUCUUAUGUUUGAUUUACAUAAAAUGUGAAGAAGUUUUGUUGCACUCAGUGAGAGAGUAGUGCCAAGUAUUUCUCUGUCCUGAAGGUAGAAGUUUGGACACCAAGAUUUUAUAGUCUGGUGCCAUACUUCCAAGGUUCACAGUAAAGAAAGCUGUUCUCAUAUAUGAAUACCUUAACCAAGCUCUUAUUUUACACCAACACCAUGGAAAACCCAAAGGAAGAACAGUAUAACCUGGGCUUGCUGGCCUGCUCACCCAGCACAGAGGGAAAUGUUGGAAUAGGCAUGCUCAUACCCUGCUUAGCUAGUUUCCUGUAACUCUGUGCACCGAACUUUCAUGAGCUCCUUCCAGCACCCAAUUUUUUUUUCCUUCCAAUCUCAUUUAGGCUUCGAACCACUGGCCAGCUCACUUGACUGAAUGCCAACAAGGUCAAAGUUGGUAACUGCUUCUUGCAGUCUCAAGAUUGACUCGAGGAACACUAAACAGAUCCUGAGCUACCACUCCAAUCACCAUGUUUGUUUGUUUUCUGUAUAAAGGAAUGGCAUCACUGAGAAUGGAAGAGUCUUUUCCUAGAUCCUCUGCCCAGGGAAAGCAGAGCCAUACAAAAGGAAAGCUCAACCCAGAAUCCACAUUCUCCAUCAGCAUGCCAAGUGAUAUUUUAGUCUUGUCAGGCUGGGCCUUCACUCACCCUUCUGCUGUCCGGAAACCCUCGCCCUCAUGGCCAUGUCAUUCCAGUCAACCGCCUCACAGAAGCGUCCUUCAUCUCUGGGGGUGGGAGUGCUCAAUGAGGGUGGUGUGGUGGGGAGAGAGACAGGAAAAUAAAUGUGGCAGACUCCACACAAACCUGUCCUCAGAAUAAAGGCCUGUGAUUCAUGGGGUCAAUGGUCUCAUUUUCGUAUCUGAAACACAGUGUACUUUCUGUCUCCCUAAGCCCUGUGUCUAGGUCGUUUGGGAAGCGCCUUGGAGAGUCAAGAAUAAAAUUGCAGGUCAAACAAUGGAUGACUGGAAAAGUCGACUUGUAAUCGAGAGCAUGCUUCCCCAUUUCACCAUGGUGGGAAAUCGUCAGGAGCCCAGAAAGCUCCAGGAAUCGCAGGGAACCGUAAAGAGAAGGCAGGAAGGAGACAACUUCCAGUAUCCGGGCAUGGCUGAUGGGGGCUACCCAAAUAAAAUUAAGAGGCCCUGCCUUGAAGAUGUCACCCUUCCUCUGGGCUCAGGUGCCCAUCCCAGUACCUUGUGUGCAGAAGUGCAGGUUCCUCCGCUGGCAAUGAAUCCUAGCUCCACGGCCAUGGGGGUAUCUGGCCAAUCACUACUACUUGAGAAUAAUCCAAUGGAGAAUCAUCCGAUGAAUGGUGGUGUGAUGGGCUCACCGUAUGAAGUGUCAUCAACUGCAGAGACAGGGCCAAAAGAGCCCACGGUUCCUUACUAUGACAAAGUCAACAGUGUGCCAGCUGUGGACCAGGAGCUUCAAGAUCUCCUGGAAGAGUUAACCAAAAUUCAUGAACCUUCUUCAAGUGAUCUGGAUCUUGAGAAGAUCUUGGGAAGCAAGCCAGAAGAGCCACUGGUGUUGCACCAUCCACAGGUACCUGUAGGAGCUCCACCCAAGCUUCCGGUCCAGAUGCAACACAUGGAGAGCCUUGCUUCCAGCAAGGAGUUUGUUUCUAGUUGCAGCCAAGUCACUGGCACAUCGCUUCCCGUCAUGCCCUCCUCCACAGGCAUAAGCUACUCGAUUCCUUCUACCAGUAAGCAGAUGGUCUCAGCCAGUCCUUCGACAGCACAGGUUCAGGCCAAGAACCAGGUCCAAGCUAUGCUCCCUGUCACUUUGCCCCAAUUACAGGUGUCUCAGUGGCAUCAUGCUCACCAGCUAAAAGCGCUCGCAGCCAGCAAGCAGGGAUCUGCUACCAAGCAGCAAGGACCUAACCGCAAUUGGUCUGGCCUGCCUCCUCCAGGCCUUUCCCCACCUUACCUCCCAGUACCAUCACCCCAUCCGCCGCCGCCGCCGCCGCCGCCACCACCACCACCACCACCAUUCAGCCCUCAGAACUUCACAGCAUCCUGCAUGUCAUCCAACAGCAUGUCAUCCAACAGCAUGGCCGUCAGCACUCUGCACGGGUCGCCCAAUGCCUUACUCUCCAGCGUAACGCCCAGCAGCAGUGCUGCCCUGGGGCCCACCUUGCCCUACACUCCUGCCAAGCUCCCCAGCCUGGCGCUCAAUCAGCAGCCACAGUUCAGCCCUCAGAGCUCCAUUCUUGCCAACCUCGUGUCCUCUACCAUCAAAAGCCCUCAGGGGCACCUGAUGUCCGCUCUGCCCACCAGCAACCCGGGGCCGUCCCCACCCUAUCGUCCAGAGAAGCUCUCUAGCCCAGGCUUGCCGCAGCAGUCCUUCACUCCACAGUACUCGCUGAUCCGGAGCCUCACAUCCACCAGCAGUCUGUUAAAUCACCACCAGCAGCAGCAGCAGCAGCAACAACAACAACAACAUCAACAACAUCAGCAACAACAGCAUCAACAGCACCACCACCACCACCAUCCUCAUCAAGCAAACGCCAUCUUCAAGCCUCUGACCAGCAAUCAGCAACCGAAAACCCUGAGUAUGAUCAUGCAGCAGGGGCUGGUGAGCUCCAGCCCAGAAGCCCCUGAGCCAUUUAACUUUGGCAACACCAAGCCCUUGUCCCAUUUCACAUCCGAGCCACUCGCCCAGAAGAUGCCCUCCAUGCCUGCUACCUCUCGGCAGCCUUCCCUGCUCCACUACCUGCCGCCAGCAAACCCAGUGCAGGCCUGUUCUGCCACUGUCUGCUCCACCACGACGGCCACCUUCCAGCCCCAGCAGCCCCAGCAGCCCGAUCAUCCUUCAUUCCUCCUGCAGCACAUGAUGCAGCAGCAACCGCAGCGCUUCCCGCGCUCAGCAGCCCCAGAGCCCAUGGCUGCGCUGCCCCGCCAGACUCAUAUAGACAAAUCCUGCAAGCUUGGGGAAGCCAGGCCCCCCCAGGUCAGCCUCGGGCGACAGCCCCCAUCCCGCCAGGCUCUGGGGAGUGAGUCCUUCCUGCCCGGCAGCUCCUUUGCUCAUGAGCUGGCCCGAGUCACCUCCUCGUACAGCACCUCAGAGGCAGCGCCCUGGGGCGGCUGGGAUCCGAAGGCCUGGAGGCAGGUGCCUGCUCCUCUACUGCCUAGCUGCGACGCUGCAGCAAGAGAAGCAGAGAUCAGGUCUUACAUCAAUGACCCCUAAACAGUGGAGCGAGCCUAUCGCCCAGAAGAUGAGCCCAUUUCAAGCCGUCCAAGAACAAGUCACCUCCAAGUGUAGCCAGACCAAGGCAAGCUCCCCAGCCAGCCAACCUAUGAUACCACCCAGAACUGGGAUCCUUCUGAACAAUCUGAGUCCAGGAUUAAUGGCACUCACCAGGCACCGGAGUCAGAGUGGCAUGCGUAUGAUCUCACCAACUCUGAAGAAGCAGCAAGGAAUAUUCAACUCCAGUCAUCAAUAUCAUAUACCCUCCAGCUUGGGCCACACCACCUUGGACAGUCUAGGCUCUGUCUGCCAGAAUGUACAGAGUCCCAAGGCCAAUCCCCCAGGAGUGUCCCUGACCAAGGUCUGUCCCAGGCCUCUGGGCAGCCAAGAUCUAAGUCCCCACCAGCUCAGACUAGCCAAUGUGUCAAGAAUACCCACUGUAUUCAACAGUGCUACAUGGGUGGUGGCAGCGGUAUCCGAGACUACAGUGGUUUCAGGUGUAGAUAACAGCACUCACCAGCCUUUGGGUAACAAUUCCAUUUUUGCCAAGGCACCAGUGAGAGUGCCUCCAGCCGCCCUGACAUUUCCACUUCAGCAAGCAGUGAUACAGCCCAAUCAGGUGGCCCUAGGAGGCAGUUCUGGGAGGAAGGGGAGUAGCGCCCUGGCCAACCCCAGUUUCAGCAUGUUGGGCAACCAGAACCUCCAACAGAGUCCAGUACAGGGCCCUGUGCCUGUGCUCAGCACCCCUACAUCCCUUCAGCAGGGCAUGACCAACUUUGCUCCCAUGAGUCCUAUUCAGGCCAUCGAGCCCCCAAGCUAUAUGGCCACUAUCAUGGCCACCACUGCUGCUGCUUCUGCCAUGGCCACUAGCCACUGCUUGGGUCCAUACAACAGAGUGGGUACAACCCCUGAGCUGCCACCUGAUAACUUUCUGCCCCAGGACCAGCCCUCAGUGGAUGGUUUGACCUUGCCCUCUGACGGCAAUGAGGUAGAUGGCAUUACAACUCUCAUGAAAGGCCCCAGUGUGGGUACAAAUGAAGACUGGAUGUGUGACUUAAGGCUGAUGGAUGAUAUUUUGGAACAGCAAGAUGCUGCCCAAAAUGCCACAGGCCAGAAUGCUGGCCAACUCACCCAGGGUGCUGGGGAGCCUUAAAUCAGAGCAGGAUGCUCACAGAAAUCCCCACACUGCUAUGGUCUGAACGCAUAGCAAAUUCCUAACUGGUCCUAGGCAGUAGUCACACUUCACUCCUCUGCACAAUUUGAGUAGUGUUGGCUUUGUCCAUCGCUCCUCUCUCUACAAAAGAGUAAGCUGGUGAUUUUUCAAGCUACUUGUAGAUAUUCAAAAUUUUUGUAAAUGGUUUUCCUAAACAUUAAUGACAGAAGUAUUUAUACUUGGUUUUGUGACUUUGUAAAUAAAGUGACGGCUUUGGUUUCAAUAGGGUUGUGUUCAUUCUGCAUUGUUUUGUGUUUAUUAUGCAUUGUUACAAAUAUGCAGACUGUGUUGUUGGCUCUAGUGAUGCUUUGUUAAAGCAGGUGGAUGAGUCACUAUGGUUAUGAUGUGAUGAGUGACGUGUGCUUGUGUGUGUGUCUGUAUGUCUGUGUGUCUGUGUGUGUAUGCGUCUCUGUGUGUGACCAAGGGGUAUUUGCAAACUGACAAAUGCCAAAUAGAACACCACUUGGUCAUUCAUUUCCAUUUUGCUUAAAAUUCUAUCACCGCCUGUGACUCUUAAUCUCUUUUGCAAACCUUUCAAUCUCUGCUAGCUAUUUCCUGAUGAGCAUUUUAUAGCAUUGCAGCUUUGCAUUGUUAAGUGUCCCAGAGACACUGGUAGGUGGGUGAGAGUGUCCUUUCCAAUUAGGUAAGGUGCAGAGGUGGAUGAUGUGGCUGGAAGUUGAGCCCUAGCAGAGGUGUCCACCUAGAGUGCUGCACUCACGCACAUGGAGAGAGAGCUCCAGCCCCACACAGCUUCAGUGCACCCCCUGGCCGGCAAAGGGGAUCCCAUCCCGCUCUAUAGUCUGCUUUAAAGUCCUUUGCAUUCCACUUGAUGUGAAGCUCUGUGAUUUGGGGCAAGCAUUUGUAAACAUGAAUCAUUGAUUUGGGGUUUGUCUUUGCUGGUUUCUAUCUGCAAUUAUUGUCAUGUAUAUUUAAAUGUCUGUUAGAGAACACCCACGUCCACUGUCCUGUAAACUUUUCUCAUUGUCCAGGCUUUGUGUAAUCGUAUUUUAAUUGCCACCUUGUAUUUUGAUUCUAUAUUUGAAAUCUGGCGUGUUUCUGGCCAGCACUGUUUUUUUUUUCCUUUGUUCUGUAAUAA